UAAUGUAAGCUAGUAGCCACUGUAAAGGGAGUCAUCAUGAAAAAAAAAAGAUGAAUUCAUUCUGCGAGUCAAUAAUAUGACCAUAGACCUAUGAAUUUGACGGACCAGUCUCAGAAUAGGCACUAUGACACUAUGGCAAAGCGUAAUUAUUAUUAUUCUGUGCAGCUGUGUUCUGUUAUCACAGAUUUUUAGAAUACAGAUAAUAAAUAAUAAUGUUUCAUGUAAUAUCCGUAGGUUUAAUAAAAAUACUAAUUUAAUGUUUAUCUCACAAAUUGUUUAUUAUAAAUGUUCUAAUUAACGUUUAUCUAUAUUUUAAAUAAUUAUUCUUAUUUUUAUUUUACUCACAGUUGUUAAAAUGAACAAUGAAAGUAUAUUUUUUUAUGAAUUCCUAGUGAAAGUGUCAUCUCGUUUUUUCAUAACUCAAUAUUUAUAAGUUAAAAAUAAUCGACAACUUCAAAAUUUGAUACUACUAUAGUGAGUUUUAUUGUAUUGUAUGUUAUGUAUAUUAUCUAUAUGUAUGUUGCUACAAAAUGGCAGAAUUUGUAGAAUACCAACCAUAUAAUAUAAAACACUCUUUAAAUGCCUACAACUACGGAGCAGAAAUAUUCCCAUCUGUAAAUAACAUUCCUAAAAAGAAUGAACCUAAGGAGGCAUUAGAAAAGUUAAAAAAUAUACUAAGGUCUGAACCAUGGGGAACCGAGUUUGCUUAUUUAACUGAAGCUGAUAAAGAAACUACUUUAAUGAAAUUUUUGUAUGCACGAAAAAUGAACGAGUUUAAAACAGCUGAAUUAAUUCGCAAUUAUUUCCAAUUCAGAAAGGAACAUAAAGAAUGGUUUUAUCAAAUGGAACCGUAUGAUCCACAAAUUCAAAUGGCUAUUCAAGAUGGAUUUCCUUCUGUAUUAUCUAACAAUGAUAGACGUAGCCGAAGGAUUCUUUUUAUUGUAUGUUCUCAGUGGAAUACUGAACGUUAUUGCUUACUCACAAUUUACAGAGCUCUAUUAGUGUCUUUGGAGCAUUUAAUCCAAGAUAUCAACACCCAAUAUAAUGGACUUGUAAUAAUUAUUGACUGGACAAAUUUCACUGUUCGUCAGACAAUGAAUAUAAGUCCUAGGCUAUUACAAAUAAUGCUUCAAGGAUUGCAAGAAUGUUUUCCAGCUAGAAUAAAAGCAGUUCACUUUAUUAAUCAACCCUGGUUCAUAGAAGGACUUAUGUCGGUAGUUAAACCAUUCCUCAAAGACAAGACAAAACGUAAAAUCAUUAUGCAUGGUUUAAAUUUAAAUACUUUACAUAACUAUUUCCCCAAGGAUGUUCUGCCAUCAGAGCUUGGCGGUGAACUUCCUCCAUAUGACUCCAGAACUUGGUUAAAAUGUUUAUUAGGAUCUUCUCUUGGAGUUGAUUUGUAAUUUUAUUUCUUGCACAUAUACCUACUGAAAGAUUAAUAUAUAAUAUAUAUUAUAAUUAUUAUAUAUUAUUAUUAUUAUUAUUAUUAUUAUUAUUUUUUAUAAAAUGUAAUAUUAUGUUCAAUAUUUUGUUUAAUAUUAUGUUUGCAAAUAACUUUAUAAUAUUUUUUAUUCUUAUGUUUUCAAGAAGGUGAAGGCUAAUUAUAAGAAUAAGCCC